GCAACCAACUCAAUCUUCUUUGACCUGCGAGUUGCGACGGCAGACCCCUGAGCGUGGGGGUGGGGCACCGGCGUCCGGCCUGUUGGCCGCUGUGGCUUGCCGCCGCGGGGGGCGACCGCCGGCUGGUGGCCGGCCGGAUUGGACUCGCCGGAACAUCCGCUCUUCGGCUCCUGCCUCUGCCGCGAACAACACCAGACAACGUCGACGCCGCGCGGUGCCUCAGUGAGCCGCUUCGCCCCUCCAAAGAUUUCUUUCAAGCUCCAGCACUGAUGGGGUGGGCAUGGGCAGCCCUCCGGUCCGGAGUUCCAAGGUGGUGUGCCCAAAAUCCAUCGUGCUCGUCCAGCUGGGUCGGCUCGAUCCGCCUCAUCAUUCGGUCGCAGCCCUAUUCGACCGCUCCCAGUCCCAGCCACGGCGGGGAGGAGGAUGGGGAUCCAGACGAGGUCAGGCAAGAGAUGCUGAACAGAUGGAUGUUCCGCGCCGCACAGACAACUUUCAGGGACUACCUCCAUGCCACGCGCGGCUUGUGCUUCACUGACGCCAAGCAUAUCAGCGAGCGCUCGCCUGUCUUCCUCGGCGAGCUGCUGGAUGAGGUGAAGGUGAACAAGGCGGUGACGAAGGCUGCCGAUCAGGGUGAAGACGAGGCGAGGCUGAGGUCAAAAGUGAAGAAGAGGGUCAGCAGGGCGCUGGUGCGAUUGUUCCACCGCCGCCCUGUCAACGAGUUCAGGCCCUUCUUUGAGAGCAUUGGCCUCAGGCCAAGCGAGUGCGAUUACCUCUUGCCGCAGGACCUCACAUUCCUCGCGGAUGCCGAGAUGCUGCUCGAGAGCUGCCAUGCACUAUGCAGUUACGGCAUCGCACGCCGCAAGAUUGGAAGGAUAUACUGGAAUGCUACCGAGGUGUUUAGUCUUGGCCAGGGCGUUCUUGCAUCUAAGCUCGAGGCCCUUGAGGGUCUAGGCUUCAGUAAGGCCAGUGUGAUCAAACUAGUGAUCUCUACUCCGACCGUGUUGGUUCAUGACCCGGCCGUGGAACUGAAGACGUUCUUGCUGUGGCUGGACGACAUUGGGAUUCAGCGAGACUGGAUCGGCCAGUUCUUAUCUGAAAGGGUGUCCUAUAAUUGGCCAAAAAUGGUACAAGCCCUUCAGUCCUUGAGCGAUCUGGGGUUCACCAAGGAUGACAUUGGUAAAGUGGUGAGGAAAAAUCCACAUUUGUUGUUGGAACAGUCUGGUGGGGAGCUACACUCCACAGUUGACACCAUGCAAAGGGUCGGAUCUGGAAAAAGGGAGCUACUUGAUCUUUUUCUGAACCACCCCAAUGUUGACAGCGUGGAUGUCGGUUGGAACAUAUCGAAGGGAUCAUGUUUCUUACAUGACAUUGGCAUAAGCUAUUGUGAUGUGAAGAAGAUUUUGAAUUCUCACGGAUGGAUGUUCGGUGCUGCCCCCAUGAAAGCCACGAGCACCAUUCUUGCGCAACUCAAUGUGGGCAAGGCGCGGCUGCGAAAGAUCAUAAUGGAGGAACCAUGUCAGUCGAUGAAUUAUACGAUUGGCUCGAAGGUCAGCAGACUGCCGAGAUGUAAACCUGAACCCUGUGUCAAGGAGAAGAGAGAAUUCUUAAGACGCAUAGGAUUUGUCGAAGGCUCGGAAGAUAUGGAGAAGGCACUCAAAGCUAUCCGUGGAAAAGGCACAAAACUGCAAGAUCGGUACAACAAACUAGUGGAGAAAGGGUUAGACCCAAAACAUGUAGCCCACAUGGUGAAGGUUGCUCCUCGGAUUCUGAAUCAGAAGACGGACGCCCUUGCUUAUAAGAUAUCCUUCCUUGUGCAUGUGGCGGGUUAUCCCCUGAGUGCUCUCCCUGCGUUCCCACGGUACCUAGAGUUCACUGUGCACAAAAGCAAACUUAAGAUGCUGGUGUACAGUUGGCUGCUAGAAAGGGGGCUGGCUGCACCCCAACUUACUCUAAGCACGGUCCUAGCUUCCUCGGAAACAGAAUUCAUCAAGGCUCACCAUGUAUAUAAGGUUCCCAUGGGUCGUGAGGUUUGGUCGAAGCUCAAGCGGGAGGGAGGUAGCUUCGGCCAAGAGGAGAUCAGAUGGCUGCGACACAGGUGCAACUUGGACGAUAGUCGAAUAGAAUGCAUGAGUUGAUUGCUUUUCUUUUCUUUCUUUCUGCAUUUCUAGCUCAAUACUACAUUAUUCAGAUAUAGUACAACCUUCUAUAAUCCCUGCCUCCUCACAUAUUCCUGUUCUCUUUCCAAAGAAACAUGUGAUAAUCCUGUCAGUGAUAUUUGUAAUUUGGGCUUCUAGCAUUGUGGUACUGGCAUUUAUCA